UGGCGUGGCCGCUAGCGAGCCAGUGACGUAGUUCGAGAACAGACCAAUGCGAGAAGAGAAGAAGUGGCCGGGCGUAUCAACGCAUGCGCCAAAGUGCUUAGCAUCGUGGUUGUCGGGGCCGUAUAACGAACAUCCGGAUGUUUCGGCCGCCAUUUUGCAUUUUUCUGUCGACUUCGAUGGGCCUCGUGUCGCUUGCCCUCUGCGUCGUACCGUACCCCGCGGUCCUGCUGGUCCUAAUUACGCGCUAACGGUGGCAGCGCUUGACGAACUCGGGCCAGACUUUGGAAAAACUAUGGCUUAAUCCCCCCGGGCCUGCAAAAUGUGAGGCACGCUUCGAGAGACUUUGUUGCCUCCGUCUCGGCAAUUCUUCGCACUCCUUUCGAGCUCCCAGAAUGUAUGCGACGGCCAGCUGGCAUUUCAGCCCGUGGGGCAUCCCGGUUAAGCCGGCGCAGCGUAAAGUCGCAAGUCGUGCCUGCCGAGUACUUGUCCUUUUGUGUGUGCGCCUUCCCAUUCGUCGGCGACGCCUGGACCAUGAACUGUGGAGGAGCAACUCCGACCGUGGCUGUUAACGGAGGACCUGCGCAGCAACCCUUCACGGCGAGCGUCGUCACAGCGAGCUUCCAGACGUCGAGCGUCGUCAGCGCUCACGAGCUAAGUCCUAUAGAUGGUCCCCAAGCUGGCGAGGGUGGCGCACGCCUUAGCGAAGUUAACUGUCGAGUUCCACUAGUUAGCGCUCGCUAGCAUUGUAUUGCUACGUUUGAAAAUUAAGUAAAUUUUGUUGCUUAACUGUAAGCCCGAGAGUUUCGUGGGCAUGGCUGCGACCACAUGGGUCUCCCCCGUGCCGGAAUCGAAGAGGACGGCCACCGUGUUCGGGGUGGCGGCCCGUGUAGCUUCAGGCUUAGCUGACACACAGGUUAGCUCACACUAGGCAGGCUAGCGGAUAGCGUCCUCUUUUCGACUGCGGCAAGGACAUGGACCCGUUCCGAAUUGCACUGCGACCCGACCACUAUUUCGUGACAAGGUAGCCCGGGCGCGUCAGUGCUAUCGAGCGGAAUGUGGAUUCGGCGGAGCACUCGGAAUUACCUCGCCAGCUUUUAGCUACUAAUCCUGCUUAAUGCAGCCCUCGACGCCGGACGUCGCCUGCGGUCCUCGUCGGAGCUCGGCCGGGCAGCAGCGACAAGUACCGCGGCCUACCGUGUUCCCUCGUCGGUGUGGUCUUGCUGGCAGGCGAGACCAAGGUCGUCACCCUGCACUACUACGCGAUCCCAACGUUUGCUUUUGAUUGGGGCCCACGAGUAGGAAGGAUAUCCAGUGUGCUGCUCCACGUUUGCCAUCCUCCCAACGUCCCUAUACAGGAGAUGGCCCUGAGCACCACUCGUACCGUGGCUAGCCGCGUUGGCUCCAUUGCAUUCUACCACCCGUGGCGUCCUGCUGGCAGACGGGACUUGGUUUGGAUCCCUGCUAUUACAGAAUCUUGACCUCUGCUUUCGGUUGCGGCCCACGAGUAGGAAGGAUAUCCAGUGUGCUGCUUCACGUUUGCCAUCCUCCCAACGUCCCCAUACAGGAGAUGGCCCUGAGCACCACUUGUACCGUGGCUGACCGCGCUACCUCGCCACUCGUGUGCGGUCUUGCUCGCAGACAAGACUGCUCAUCGCCCUGCACCACUACGUGUUCUGAGCUCCUGUUUGAUUGCGGUCCACAAGGACACCCAGCCCGCUCCUGCACUCUCCGGUCUACGCUCCAUAGGUUACUUCGUGCACGAGUACCACCCGUUCCAGGAGGCACUGUCAUCACUUCUACAUUCUCUCACCGAUGGCGUUCUGCGGGCAGACUCGACUGGCCUUCUCACCCUGCACUACUACUGGUUCUGAGCUCCUGUUUGACUGCGGUUCACAAGGACACCCAGGCCCGCUCCUGCACUCUCCGGUCUACGCUCCAUAGGUUACUUCGUGCACGAGUACCACCCGUUCCAGGAGGCACUGUCAUCACUUCUACAUUCUCUCGCCGAUGGCGGUCUGCGGGCAGACUCGACUGGCCUUCUCACCCUGCACUACUACUGGUUCUGAGCUCCUGUUUGACUGCGGUCCACAAGGACACCCAGCCCGCUCCUGCACUCUCCGGUCUACGCUCCAUAGGUUACUUCGUGCACGAGUACCACCCGUUCCAGGAGGCACUGUCAUCACUUCUACAUUCUCUCGCCGAUGGCGGUCUGCGGGCAGACUCGACUGGCCUUCUCACCCUGCACUACUACUGGUUCUGAGCUCCUGUUUGACUGCGGUCCACAAGGACACCCAGGCCGCUCCUGCACUCUCCGGUCUACGCUCCAUAGGUUACUUCGUGCACGAGUACCACCCGUUCCAGGAGGCACUGUCAUCACUUCUACAUUCUCUCGCCGAUGGCGUUCUGCGGGCAGACUCGACUGGCCUUCUCACCCUGCACUACUACUGGUUCUGAGCUCCUGUUUGAUUGCGGUCCACAAGGACACCCAGCCCGCUCCUGCACUCUCCGGUCUACGCUCCAUAGGUUACUUCGUGCACGAGUACCACCCGUUCCAGGAGGCACUGUCAUCACUUCUACAUUCUCUCGCCGAUGGCGUUCUGCGGGCAGACUCGACUGGCCUUCUCACCCUGCACUACUA